UGGAGGGCCAGCCGGCCAGCAGGCCUCAGCCCCUCCAUAUUCUGAGGGCCACCAAGCCUGUGGGCACCACCAGGUUGGUCUGUGGUGCCAGGUGCUGCAGGAUGGAGGCAGCCCCUGAGUCCCYGCAGCAGGGCAGGGGGCUGGUGCUAGUCCGCCGGCAGCCCCCUGCGCAGAAGCGUCCACUGGAGAGGCUGAAGGCCAGGCUGUGGCGGAGCUGCACCUGCAGUGUGCCACGAGCCUGGGCGCUGGUGCAGAGCCUGGUGCCCGCCACACGCUGGCUGCGUGAGUACUGUCCACGGGAGGAUCUGGCGGGCGACGUCAUGUCGGGCUUGGUCAUCGGCAUCAUCCUGGUGCCACAGGCCAUUGCCUACUCCCUGCUGGCCGGGCUGCAGCCCAUCUACAGCCUGUACACAUCCUUCUUUGCCAACCUCAUCUACUUCCUCAUGGGCACCUCGCGCCACGUCAACGUGGGCAUCUUCAGCCUCCUGUGCCUCAUGGUGGGGCAGGUUGUGGACCGCGAGCUCCAGCUGGCUGGCUUCGACCCCUCCCAGGACAGCCUGGGGCCUCAGGGCAACAGCAGCACCCUCAACAGCUCCACCACCUCCCUGGUGCUGGGGCCACCAGGCUGCGGGCGGGACUGCCACGCCAUCCGUGUCGCCACCGCCCUCACGCUGGUGGCUGGCAUCUACCAGGUCCUCAUGGGCGUCCUUAGGCUGGGCUUCGUGUCCACCUACCUCUCUCAGCCCUUGCUCGACGGCUUUGCCAUGGGGGCCUCCGUGACGAUCCUGACCUCGCAGCUCAGGCACAUGCUGGGCGUGCGGGUGCCCCGGCACCAGGGCCCAGGCAUGGUGAUCAGCACGUGGCUAAGCCUGCUGCAAAGCCUGGCGCAGGCCAACCUGUGUGACGUGGCCACCAGCGCCGUGUGCCUGGCAGUGCUUCUAGCGGCUAAAGAACUUUCAGACCGCUGCCGGCACCGCCUGAAGGUGCCRCUGCCCACGGAGCUGCUGGUCAUCGUGGUGGCCACACUGGUCUCCCACUUUGGGCAGCUCCACAGGCGCUUUGGCUCCAGCGUGGCGGGCGACAUCCCCACUGGCUUCGUGGCCCCACAGGCACCAGACCCCAGGUUGAUGCAGCGUGUGGCGCUGGACGCAGUGUCCCUGGCCCUGGUGGGCUCGGCCUUCUCCAUCUCGCUGGCGGAGAUGUUUGCCCGCAGCCAUGGUUACUCCGUCCGCGCCAAUCAGGAGCUCCUGGCCGUGGGCUGCUGCAACGUGCUGCCCGCCUUCUUCCACUGCUUUGCCACCAGCGCAGCGCUCUCCAAGAGCCUAGUGAAGACAGCCACCGGCUGCCGGACACAGCUCUCCAGUGUGGUCAGUGCUGCUGUGGUGCUGCUGGUGCUGCUGGUGCUGGCCCCACUGUUCUGGGACCUGCAGCGGAGCGUGCUGGCCUGCAUCAUCGUCGUCAGCCUGCGGGGAGCUCUUCGAAAGGUGAGGGGCCUCCCACGGCUGUGGCGGCUGAGCCCAGCAGAUGCGCUGGUGUGGGUGGCCACUGCGGCCACCUGCGUGCUAGUCACCACUGAGGCUGGGCUGCUCGCUGGGGUGCUCCUCUCACUGCUCAGCCUGGCAGGCCGCACACAGCGCCCUCGGGCGGCCCUGCUGGCCCGCAUUGGGGACUCGGCCUUCUACGAGGAUGCCACGGAGUUCGAGGGCCUUGUGCCUCAGCCUGGGGUGCAGGUGUUCCGCUUUGCAGGGCCUCUCUACUAUGCCAACAAGGACUUCUUCCUGCGGUCACUCUACAGCCUUACUGGGCUGGAUGCGGGGCGCUCAGCUGCCACAAGGAGGGAGCCAGGCUCAGAGAUGGGGGCUGGAGAGGGAGAGCCAGUUGAUGGCAAGGACCUGGGUUCAAUGACCAGCAGGGCCAGGCUGGUGCCCAUGGUGACUGGCUUCCACACGGUGGUCAUUGACUGUGCCCCACUGCUGUUCCUGGAUGUGGCUGGCAUGGCCACACUGAAGGACCUUCGCCGUGAUUAUUGGGCCCUAGGGGUCACCCUGCUUCUGGCCUGUUGCAACCCCUCAGUGAGGGAUGCUCUGAAGAGAGGGGGCUUCCUCGGUGAGGACCAGGGCUCUGAGGAUGAGCAGCUGUUCCCCAGCGUGCACAGCGCUGUGGAGGCCGCCCGUGCCCGCCGUGGGGAGCUCGUGGUUCCUGACUCUGCCCUCUAGCAGGGCCGGGGUCUUCUGGCAUCCACUCCCCCCCAUCAGCCAUCACUAAGUUCCUUCUCCAGGAGCCUGCCAAGGGCUAGAGUCACCCAAGGAUGCAAUCUUGGGCCACCUCUGCCACAGAGAAGCCAGGGAACCUCAACUGAAAAGGGAAAGGGCAGCACUCGAACACACAUGAGAACCCCACACGCUCGGCCUAAAACCUGUGCUGCCACCCUGGUGCCGGCAACACACACGGACCCUCGGCCCAAACUCAGAGAGACCAUGCCCGGUCUGACACUCUAUGUCAGAUUCCCACAAAUGGUGUGGCCUUCAGGGCGUCAAAAGGACACCCCAGCCCUGGGCCUACCCAGCCCCUGCCUCACAG